AUGGAGCCCCAGGAGCCAGCGGGCCAGGCCAGGGCGGCAGCGGCCAAGUUGUCCGAGAAGGUCGGCGCGGCGCUGCAGGAGCCCAGGCGGCAGCGACGCCUGGUUCUGGUCAUCGUGUGCGUGGCGCUGUUCCUGGACAACAUGCUGUACAUGGUCAUCGUGCCCAUUGUGCCCGACUACAUCGCCCACAUGCGCGGCGGCAGCGAGAGCCCCACGGUGAGCCCGGAGGUGUGGGUGCCCAUCCCGCCCACCCCCCCUCCAGCCAAUGGCAGCGCCGCCGCGGCCAACGGCUCGGCGCCCCCGACGGCUGCCGGGCCCUCCAGGUCGGCCCUGCGGCCCCGCUACCCGACGGAGAGCGAAGACGUGAAGAUAGGGGUGCUCUUUGCCUCCAAGGCCAUUCUUCAACUGCUAGUGAACCCGCUGAGCGGCCCCUUCAUCGACCGCAUGAGUUACGACGUGCCGCUGAUCAUCGGCCUGGCUGUCAUGUUCGCCUCCACGGUGCUGUUUGCCUUCGCCGAGGACUACGCCACCCUGUUCGCCGCCCGCAGCCUGCAGGGCCUGGGCUCGGCCUUCGCGGACACGUCUGGCAUCGCCAUGAUCGCUGACAAGUACCCCGAGGAGCCCGAGCGCAGCCGCGCGCUGGGCGUGGCCCUGGCCUUCAUCAGCUUCGGCAGCCUGGUGGCGCCGCCCUUCGGAGGCAUCCUCUACGAGUUCGCGGGCAAACAGGUGCCCUUCCUGGUGCUCGCGGCCGUGUCCUUGCUCGACGCGCUGCUGCUGCUGCUCGUCGCCAAGCCCUUCUCGGCCGGAGCUCGGGCGCGGGCCAACCUGCCAGUGGGGACGCCCAUCCACCGCCUCAUGCUGGACCCCUACAUCGCCGUGGUGGCUGGCGCGCUCACCACCUGCAACAUCCCGCUGGCGUUCCUGGAGCCCACUAUCUCCACAUGGAUGAAGCACACGAUGGCCGCGUCCGAGUGGGAGAUGGGCAUGGUCUGGCUGCCCGCCUUCUUGCCUCAUGUGCUCGGCGUUUACCUCACUGUGCGCCUGGCGGCGCGCUAUCCACACCUGCAGUGGCUGUAUGGCGCACUCGGGCUGGUGGUGAUCGGUGCCAGCUCCUGCAUCGUGCCCGCCUGCCGCUCCUUCGGGCCGCUAGUAGUCUCGCUCUGCGGCCUCUGCUUUGGCAUCGCCCUGGUAGACACGGCUUUGCUACCCACGCUCGCCUUCCUCGUGGACGUGCGCCACGUCUCCGUCUACGGCAGCGUUUACGCCAUCGCCGACAUCUCCUAUUCCGUGGCAUACGCGCUGGGGCCCAUCGUGGCUGGGCACAUUGUGCACUCGCUGGGCUUUGCGCAGCUCAGCCUUGGCAUGGGCCUAGCCAACUUACUCUACGCGCCAGUGUUGCUGCUGCUUCGAAAAGUGGGUCUCCUAACACGCUCCCGCUCUGAGCGCGAUGUGCUACUCGACGAGCCCCCUCAGGGGCUGUACGACGCCAUGCGCUUGAGUGAGUGCCCGGGACAGGGUCCAGAAGGCGCGCCAGGCAUCCCACCUUGUGUCUUUGAUGAGUGUGAAGACGACUACAAUGACUACUACACCCGCAGCUAGUAGCCUGGUUCUUCUUCCUCUGGGCCGCCCCCCCUCCCCCCCGCUCCCUGUCCGGGUUGGUGGCUGCCCUGCGUACCCACUGGGGAAGUCUGGCUUUGGGCUGGCCCUUUUCAACCAGUACCCCAGCUCCCCACCGACCUCCUGUCUUGGUUACCCCUACCUCAGCUCCCUCUCGGUGCCCCAUCCCACUUGUCUAACAGGGUGUGGAGCAUCAAAGCCUGUGAAUCGAAUGUACACCUAGCAGGGGUGACGGGGGCUCACCGGUCACCAUGAUGGAGAUCCUCUGCGUGCGUCUUUGCUUUGCGUGCGUGCGUCUGUCCUUUCACCCACUCUGCGUCUGUCUUUUCACCCACUCUGCCAAGUGCCAACCAGGCCCGCUGCACCGCGGUGCCUUCAGCCCAAGUCAAUAAACCAUGUCUGUCGUCGGA